AUGGCUACUCCCAUCUCCUGGGCUCAAGAUGUCAUCACAUGUGACCUAUGUGAUAACCCAACCGAGCAGUUCUGUAACAACUGUCAAGUUAGUCUGUGUGUGGAUUGUGUUAGUAAACAUGUGGAUAGCCGUAAGUCCCUCCCUCAUGAAAUUGUUCCUUUUAAGAACAGAAAGAAACCAAUGGUAUGUGAGGCCUACUGUCAACAGUGUGAUGGACCUGUGUGCUUCAAGUGUAUCCUUGACAACCAUAAAGGUGAUGAUGGCGUAGAAUUAUCAAAGGUAGUGGCAAACAAAAAGGAAGAAAUUGAAAAAGAUACAAAUGAAAUUGAAACUGUUAUCAUUCCAAAGUGUGAGAAAAGGGAGAAGGAAACCAAAGUUAGAGCCUCCAAAUGCACCGCUAAGUAUGAGGAGUUAGAGGAAGAAACUGAAGAGCACAGGAUAUUAUGGCAUAAGGAAGUUGACACCAUUUUCAACAAAUUUUGCUGUCUGAUUAAAUCAUUGAGGGAUGAUCAUCUACAUACUCUAGAAACACAUCAAAAUGACCUCAAAACCUUGAUUCCAGAAAUGAAGAAAACAGUUGAGCGAAACAAAGAAAUUUUAAAUAAUGACAGACUUUCUGAAGUCAUAAACUACAAAUCAAAUAUAAUUGAAUACAGGAACAUACAAACUGAUAUCCAUUUCGAAAUUCCGUCUCUGAAUGCAAAAAUAGUUCAAGGGAGUGAACUUAAAAUAGAAGUAGGAGGUUACAUGUCAACAUUGACACAUAAUCUAGAUUUAUUUACGAGCGAGUUAAACAAAGUUAUAGCCACAAUUCCAACUAAAGUUAAACCUCUACUCAAGGUGGUCUGUGUAGGAUCCGAUAAAGCUUGGAUCAGUGGAAAGGACACAACCAUAUACUGUGUUGACAUACACGGAGAAGUACAGGACUCUAUCAAAACGGCCUCUUUAGAAAGGCCUACAGACAUUACACUGACAAAACAGGGUGAUCUGAUAUACACUGAUUAUAAAAAUAAAACUCUGAACAUUGUCAGACAAGGGAGGAUAGAGGUAUUGGUCACUACACAAGAAGGCUGGAAACCAAGGGGCCUUUGUGCCACCGGAUCAGGUGACGUAUUGGUCAACCUGUAUAAUGGGAGUCGAAAUAAAAUCGUUCUCUUUCAAGGACAAACAGUGAAACAGGAAAUAUAUAAAGAUGGCAACGGAAAAGAAAUCUUUAAAAGGGGUAAAUUUAAACUGCUUUUAUCAGAAAACAACAAUGAAGACAUUUGUAUUUCUGAUCCUAAUGCCAACAUGGUGAUUGUGUUGGAUAACGUAGGAUGUGUUCGAUUUCGAUACGAUGGGACACCUGCCAGAAAGGAGGAGGUAUUUUGCCCUAGCCAAGUAGUAACAGACUCCAUGAAUCAGAUUAUUGUGGCAGAUUACAACAACGACUGUCUACACAUUCUUGAUGAGAAUGGACAAUUCCUUAGGUGUGUAAAUAGCUGUGAACUAAAUAGUCCUUAUGGAUUGAGUGUCGAUACUGAGGGAAGGAUCUGGGUAGGAUUGUGUUAUUCAGGAGAAAUAAAAGUUAUACAAUACAUGAAAUAA